UAUAAACCGGACGCGCACCGCUCAAAUGUUUAGUGCAUUGUGAAAGUGUCUUGCAGUUGCACUGUCGAAGCAAAAGGACCAACAAUAAUUUUUAAUAAUAAAUCAAUAAAACAAGAUGACUGAAAAAGACCGCAUUGCUGAAGUUUUCCGCAAUCGGACCGUUUUUAUCACUGGUGGUACAGGAUUCUUGGGAAAACUCUUGAUCGAGAAACUGCUGAGAUGCUGCGACGUGAAGAAAAUCUAUUUGUUGGUUAGAGCGAAGAAGGGAAAAAUGCCACAGGAGAGGCUGAGUGAUAUUUUUAGCAAUAUGCUUUUCGACCUCUUAAAAUCACAACAGCCCACCUCAGUCAAGAAAUGUGAAAUAAUUCCGGGCGAUAUCACACAAGAAGGACUUGGCAUCAGUCUUGAAGACCGCCAGAAGUUGCAAGAAGAAGUUGAGUUCAUUUUCCACUCUGCAGCCUCAACGCGUUUUGACGACACCGUCAAAACUGCUGUAAAGUUUAAUACACAAAGUACGAACGAACUUUUAAAUUUAGCAGAAAAAUGCACUAAAUUGAAAACUUUCGUCCACGUUUCCACUUCCUACGCUUUUCCGAAAGAGAAGGUACUUUACGAGAAAUCGUACAAACCUCCAGAGGAUCCUCAUAAAGUUCUUGAUGCUGUGAAGCUUGGACAAGAUGAGGAGAUUGAAGGCCUUAUCGGUGACUGUCCCAAUACUUAUACGUUCAGCAAAGCACUAGCUGAAGGACUUGUAUCAGAAAGAAUGGAUAAGAUUCCAGCUAUCAUCGUCAGACCUUCCGUUGUGUGUCCCGUUUGGAGAGAGCCUUUAAAAGGUUGGUGUAACAACCUCCAAGGCCCCAUGGGUCUUUUUGUAGGUGCUGGUAAAGGCAUCAUUCGCUCGAUGUAUAUGAAAGGCGAUUCCUACGCAGAUUUUAUACCAGCAGAUGUUGCCAUCAACGGUAUGUUGACGGGUGUUUGGAACUUCCUGUGCAACUCUGAUAAACAUCGAGUAAUUAACGUCACGAGUUCCUCAGAGUACAAUUUAACUUGGGAAGAAAUACUUGAACUCGGCAAGAAGAUUAUCUACAAUGAGGUACCACUUAAUGGAGCAGUAUGGUAUCCAGGAGGAUCUACAAAAAAGUCUAGAUUCGUCCAUAAUAUUUGUUUUUAUCUGUUUCAAAUAGUUCCGGCACUUAUCAUUGAUGUUUUGUUAAUGGUGCUAGGUUACAAGCCAAUCCUCUUCCAAAUUCAGAGACGCAUUCAAAAAGGUUCUGAAGUUUUCGAAUAUUACACAAAUAAAGCCUGGAAUUUUAGCAAUAUGAAGCUAUUGGAAAUUAGUGCACAAAUGAGUGAAUCGGAGAGAAAUCGUUACAAACUUGAAGGGGAAGGAAUCGAUCUUGACGACUAUUUCAGAAAUUGCGUACUCUCUGUAAGAAGAAAUAACCUUAAAGAAACAGACGACACUCUUCCUAAGGCGAAAAGGCACAUGAAAAUAAUGUGGUUUGUGGACUUAUGUUGUAAGGUGCUGCUGAUUUCAACAAUACUGUACCAAUUUGUUUGGAAAACGUAUGCCCGAACGUGAUUAAAAAGGAUUGAAACAAUACAAUUGCUCAAUGUUUAUUAUGUAGACAAAGGUGUUUGCUAAUUUGUCUUGUUAUUUUUUUUACAAAGGUAUCGGUAGCAUGUGUUCACUAGAACUGUAACUGUUUGUUGUAUGUGUAAAUAAAUAAUAAAUACUUA